CCGAAAUCGACUCUCCUCAAUAAUGGCAGCUACCAUGGCCCUUUCAUCUCCUUUGUCGCGCACCAGUCUCAUAUCCAGGAAGAACCUACUCCACUCCUCACUCUCACCACCUGCAAUUCUCUCAUUUUCUCACCAUACCCUUCCCCAAAGAAACCUCGGAUUUCGCAUCUGCCACAGCCAGUUUGAUGGUUCAGCUGGCGAUGAACCGAGAGCAAUCGACGAGUCUUUCUUUGAAAUUGAAGAUGUGAUCGAGGAUGACAGCGAUGAGGAUGAAUCUGAGAGCAGCAUCGAUCUGUUGAUUAGAUUCUUGCAGAGCAUGUUCAAGAAGGUCUCCAAGCGAGUCAAAAAGGCCUCUCGCCCCAUCUUACCGGCCGCAAUAUCGCCUCAGCUGGUGUCUUUUGCAGUAGAUGGGAUCCUGUUGCUGGCUUCACUUUCUAUUGCCAAAGCGUUUCUUGAGGUAGUAUCACCAAUUCACCAAAGCAUCCUAUCUCUAGUAAUUAAAAACCAUGCCUUUGUGUUUCUUGUUAAAAUGCUUAAGUGUUGGGACUUGAGCUUGGUACUCUAAUAGGAAGAGUAACGAAUCCAACGUUGUACCAGUCUUGAUAUAAUCAUCGAUGAUAUUAUUGUUCUUCGAUCAUCCGAAGCUUUUCUGUUCUAAGGAAGUAGGAGCAAUUGAAAGAAUGGUGACUUUGAUUGCAGGUGAUAUGCACCCUUGGAGGCACUGUAUUUGCGGUGAUUCUGCUGCUACGGGUGAUCUGGGCGGGUAUUUCAUAUUUCCAAUCAAGUGGUAACGGUUUUGGCCCAGGGGAGAGUUCGUUUGGUAGAACACAACCGGUAAUUUGAUUUAUUGUUUAGAGGCUAGAUCGUUGUUUUUCACAUUUGUCAUGUAACAAUAGAUAAUGGUGUAGAAGAUUUUUGAGUAUCAUGUUGAAUGUUUUUUAUAUAAUGUGCUUUGAAAAUGUAUAAAAAUGGUAAUUGAUGCUAGAAGGUAUUAUCUCUACACAUGUAGAAAAGAGCAGCUCAUGAACAGUUGACAAAAAGAUUUUAUAAAAUCAAAAUGCAGUA